CAAAAUAGUAACAUUAUAAAUUGUACCACUUUUUUCACGGUGUGUUAUCACCUUCUAUUCUCUACAUUGUAAAGACUAAAGAAACGUAUCAAACUAUACAUCACGUGGUGUUCAGUCUUAUAGAAUUAUAGUGAACUUUAAAGACGUGUAAUAUCAUAAAACUUAAAGAUCAUAACACUCAGUGGGGAAAAUGGAAGUCGUCAUUGAACAAGGUGCUCUAAAAGGACUUCAAAAAAAAACGCUAUUGUCAAACAAACCUUACGUCAGUUUUCUAGGCAUACCCUACGCUCAACCACCCGUUAACGACUUACGAUUUAAGGCUCCUGUCAAACAUCCCGGAUGGUCUGGAGUUUUAAAUGCUGUUUCAGAAAGAGACAAAUGCACGCAGUACGUUUUUAUGACGAAUCACAUCGUUGGAAGCGAAGAUUGCUUGUACCUAAAUAUAUCGGUGCCACAGCAGAACGAAUUGAAUGGAAAACUUGCUGUUAUGAUAUUCAUACACGGAGGUGCCUUUAACUAUGGCAGUGGGUCAAUGAAUGAAUAUUCUCCCGAUUAUUUUCUCGACGAAAACGUGAUUGUCGUCCCAAUAAAUUAUCGUCUAAACGCCCUAGGAUUUCUAAACUUGGAUAUUGACGAGUGUCCUGGAAACGUGGGCUUGAAAGAUCAACUAUUUGCAAUCAAAUGGGUUAAAGCGAAUAUAGCUGCAUUUGGGGGUGAUGUAAACAAUAUCACCAUAUUCGGCGAAAGUGCAGGAUCAGCGUCUGUUCAUUAUCACACAAUAUCACCACAAUCCAGAGGUUUAUUCCAAAAAGCAAUUAUGCAAAGUGGAAGUGCUUUUAACCCGUGGGCGUUUACUGAAAAUCACAGAGCUUCAGCCUAUAAGUUAGCCAAAAACUUAGGAUGUUUAAGUAUUGAUCCCAAAGAAAUACUAAAAUACUUAAAAAAUGUAUCAGCGAUUGAUUUAGUGAAAGAAACUGAAUUCAAGGACGAAACAGAUUUUAUGGAUUACAAAUUUGUCCCAUCUAUUGAAAGUGAUGCGAUCAGUAAUCCAUUUUUACCAGCUUACCCUAAAACUUUAGCAACCUCUACAUUUCCAGUACCCGUAAUCAUUGGAGUUAACAAUAUGGAAGGAAUUGUAGCAUUAACUGAGGAUAGAAUAAGUCUAUUUUCCGAUGAUCACCACAUUACAGAUGAAAUUUCAAAACUAUUUAGAAAUCGGUACAGUACUGAAACUAUAAGUAAAAUAAAAGAUUUUUAUUUUAAUAAAAGUAAUAUCAGUUCUGAAACAAUGAAGUUGGAAAACAUAUGUAACGUAAGCACGAUUUAUUGGUAAUUAAUUAUUAUAACUGAUAAUUUAAUCAUU